GCUCGUUACUCUCACUACCUAAGCUUGCGAAGGGAACAGAAAAGAAAAAUUGGAAGCAGGAUAAGGUUGAAGGUAGUAAUGUGACGGUCAUCUAACAGUGAUUGCUCUCCCUGAUUCUCGUGAACACGUCCUCAAUACAAACAGCAUCUUGACUUGACUCACCUGUGCUCAUGACUCCUCCAUGUCCAAAUGUAUCAACAGCAAGUGACACCAUGUACACCAAAGCUUAAAAGGACAGCUACUUUACCUCCACCGAUACUAAGUAACAGCUCAACCCUUCGUCCCUCAACACUCCAGCCCUGCAUGACCAGCACCAUUGGGAACUCGCCCAUUACACCACUACUUCCCCUUCCAUCUACCCCCGACCUCAAACCAAUAGGUAGAAGUUAAAAAUGGCACCCUUCCAAGCCUACACCACCUCAACCGACCACGACCAAUGCCUCUCUUCCGUCUCCCAACGGCGUAACCCUCAUGCCUCUACCAACGGCACAAACGGUACAAACGGUAACCCUCCUCCCUCCUCCUUAUCUUCCUCAUCCGCCUCCGACUUGUUCACUUCUACUAGCCCCAACGACCCCUUCACCACCUCUUCUACCACCUCCUCUACCACCAACGGCACCAGUAACGGCACCAGCACUCUAGGCGGCAUCCUAGUAACCACCACCACAACCACCACCACGCGCAACGCCAAUUCCCCUCUGACACCCAUCCCGCGCGGUCCGGUAAUCACUGGGCCCAGUCCCAGUCCCCUAAGUCUGGGAUCACCUGCCUUGCAGCCGAUGUCGCCGACCAGAAGUAGAAGUAGGGGGAGCAGUAGAGGAAGCGAUUAUGUUGGAGGUAGUGGUAGCGGUAGAAGUAGUGCUAGAGGUAGCGAUGAUGCUAGAGGUAGUAGUAGAAGUAGAGGUACCUCUAGAGGUAGGGUAAUAACGAAUGCGAACAUGAGAGGUGCCAGAGGGACUCCCAGAGGUGGGUACGAAUCACAUAAUGGUUUACCCCCAGUCUUUGGUAGUGGUGGGGAUAGUGAACACUACUACAAUAACUACCCCCUUAUAAACCACCUGUACGGCUCGGGCUUAACUCAUCACGGCCGUUCAUCACGAGGUGUUCCUAGGGGAAGGCCAAGGAUAACCGCAAAUGAAGGAGAAACAGCAAUAAGACCCCCAUCCUACUCCAUCUUCACUCAACGCGCCAUGGCUGCUGCCGCCGCUGCUACUACUGCAGGUCGCGGUACACGUACCAGUAGAGGCGGACCAGGACCAAAUAACAACGUAGCGCCCCCCGUCGUUUCGUGCAAUGACUACGGGUGUGGAUCCAAGUUCGAGUUCCAGUUCAAGGUUGAGUUUGAGUUUGGGUUCUGGUGGUGA